UAAAGCAAAGUUUGGAAGAAUUAAUAUAAAAUCAUCUCAUAAUUCUGGAAUUAUUGAUGCUGUUAAAGAAGAUAAAAAAAAAUCAAACCAAGGACUGCUUAAAGUUCAAUCAAUAAGUAAAUCCUCGAAUAAAACAACUGUUUGCCAUUUGAGUAAUAGUACAAAAAGAAGAAGAAUUCCUUUAAAAAAUAAAUGCUGUAAUGAGGAAGAAGAGCCUCCAAUAAAAAUAACACGUUUAGAAAAUAGUAAAAAACCAAUUGAAAGUAAAGGUGUUACAGUGGAUAUUCUUGCAAAACGAAAUGAAGCUGCAAAAAUUCUUAGAUCUUCCGUAAAAUUGUCUACCGUAAAAAAAGAAAAAUUAGGGAAAACUUCUUAUAAAAGACCCUCGCGUAGUUUAAAAUUUAUCCCAUGUCCCCGAUCGCCAUCACCUGAAGCCAAAGGAAAUCAAAUGGAUCAAACUUCUAUAAACCCAAAGAUUAUUCCAUUAGAGAAACCUCAAAAACUCACUAAAGAAGCCGCUAAUGAAAUUCUGAAUAAACUUAUAAAUUUUCCUAAUGAAGCUCAUAUACUUGAAGAAGUGGUAAAUAAAUUUUAUGGCCAGGAAGAUGUUUAUAUUGCCAAGGUAAUUCUUCGAAAACUAAACGAAGAUAUAUACGACCAGCCAGACACCAAAUAUACACCACCUGCGCCACUCCUAACCCCAAUACAAAGAACAUUAUUAGGUUUGAUGAUGGCACUGGAGAAAAGAAAUGUAAAAGUUUGCGAAAAGUUUUUGAUAAAGGCAGAAGCAAAGUUAUUAGUUGAAAAGAAGCUUUCGCAAAUAUCGCCGGUUUUGCGAAUUUACCUGACCAUUUGUAAAUUGAGGCGUGACAAAGAAAGGAUGCGUAGAAUGUGCUGUGACGCUGUCUACUUUAUGGGCGACCUGGCAGUACCAUUUUUAUUUAUUGUCCUUACAUCAUGGACAGAAAUUAUUCCUGUGGCCUCUCAGAGCGAAAAUGUACCUAUAGUAAAAACAUUAUUGAAAGUAGUCAUGUCAAAGAAUUGCAACAAGCCUGGCUAUAAUUUCGCCAAUUUAAAAAGUCUAAUAACCCAAUAUUAUAAAUAUAAAGAAUUGGGCACUGAUGAUAAUGUAUUUGAAGAUCUUUUCAAUAAAUACAAAGAAGUUCCAAGUUGGUCAUUACAAUACGAAAUUUUAUUGUUAUGUAAAUACUCCGAUAAAUCGUGGGUAAUGAAGAAACUAAAAAAUACCGUCAUUCCUUUUAUCAGUGCAGUAACACAAGCACCACUCUUACUGGCAAUUUUUUCUUUAGUGCAAAAAAUUUGUCAACUUUUUACUGAAGACUGUGAUACAGAAUAUGUCCAGAAAGUCAAGGAUUGGAUAAGUUCCUUACAAAAAGGAAUACGUGCAACUUCCUCAACAGAAAAUUAGUAAUAAGUUAAAAAGUAACUUAAUUGCGAGUUUUGUAAUGUAGUGUUUCAAAUACCUAAUCAUUAAAUUCGCCUCCUUUGUUAAUAUGUUAAUCAAGUUUUUAGUUUUACGUUUUAUUUGUCACAGCGAUAUUAGCGAAUAUUGGUUUGUUUUUUCUUACAGAAUUUAUUUUUAUUUUGUACGACAGUGUUUUAUAAGGAUUCAAAGUUUGGUUUGUUUUUUUCUAGUUACUCUUAUUUUAGUUUUUGUACAAUUUGUUUUUAUAUCACUUUUUUUGUUUUAAGUUGUUUGAGUCUUAAAUUAAAAAAAAAAAAAGUGAAUGAACACUUACUAGCUUCGUUUUGCAGUAAGUUUUAUAAAAGAAUUAAAUUUUAAUUUUCUUGUUGUGUCGUGUAUUAUUGCAG